CUAACGGGAAUUGUACCACUAGUUUGGGACGCCCCAGCUAGUGCUUACCGGGCCCGGUCAGGCCAUACGGAAGUCGUUCCGAACCCUAGUUCCCGUGUCCUGAGAAGAAAGCUUAACUUUCAAAGAACGCGCGCCCCGAGUAAAAUCUCUGCACCAAUGACUAACCAGGUUUAAUCUGCAAGUAGAUGCGUGCAGCCAAUACAGGAUGUUGGCCCCUUCUCUGAACCCCAGAAAGCCCUUCCCAAUACAACGUCACUGCUAUUCAUGUCAAUAUUUUGAAUAAACUCCAGCUGCACAAUUCCAAGAAUGACUCUCGAGCUUCAAACCGUUGAUCCCGAAGUGGAUUUCCCUGCCAUUGCACGGGGCAUGUUUGACUCUUAUGAAAACCCUCCACAAAAGUUUUUCCACGUGUUCUUCCCCAUCCAUGGAACGAGCGAAGAAGCCCGGGAAAAUGCCAUCGACGAAGCAGCAACUAGGCUGAAGCUCUGGCAUACGCACGAUCCAUCCAGCCACUGGCAAAAAGUCGUUGAUACUGAAACUGGGAAAAUUGCGGGUGGGGCCUUGUGGAAAAUUCACAAAGAAAAUCCAUUUGCAAACCCCCCUCCUUCCACAGUGACCUGGUUUCCCGACGACAGCACCCGCAAAUUUGCCGCACAGGCAGUGCAGACACAUUCUGGACCUCGGUCUAGAGCGGCGUCAAAACCUCAUAUCUGUAGGUAAAAUUGUCAAUUUCGCUGCUCAAUGGCUGACAAAAUUGCAAGAUCUCUUCAUCAUCUUUAGCCAUCCAGAAUAUCGACGUAAGGGUGUUGGCCAGCAAUUUAUGGAUUGGGGUACGAAGAAAGCAGAUAAGUUAGGAUAUGAAUUCUUUUUGGAAGCAACGCCCUAUGGGCGACCCUUGUAUGAGGCGAAUGAUUUUGUCUACGUUGAAGAGUUCGUCAACCAGCCGGAAACCGAUACUCCGGACGAAAAGUGGAAGGAGAUCGAACAGAAAGUAGGUCCCUUUACUUUCUGGCUCAUGAAGAGGCCACUUGGUGGAAAACUUGAGGCAAACAGCACGAGCAAGCGGUUGGAAGAUAUUUAAAAUACAGUACUUUGCUCGUUUCGUGGCCGCUCAAGGCUAUACACAAGCCCAUUUAACUCGACUACUCCCCCCAAAAGGUAUCUUGCAAAUAAAAUAUUGACCUCAAAAUCGUCACCAUAAAUAAGAAUAUCCUCCAAUACCUGUCGCCAUCAAUGCCAUCCAUCGUAUUUAUAACUGCUCCACCCAAGUUAACUCAUUCCCAACAUUGCUUUAACUCCCCUCCAUUUACCUUUUAUCCCAGGUCCAUACCCAAUAUCUACCACCGCCGUCGUAAACGCAAAGCCUUUUGUUGUGUCCGGAAUCGGAUAUCUAAGUGGUGGAGGAAUAGAAGUACAAGCCGGAGACCAGGGCCAACGGUCCUCACAAACAGCUUUGAUAUUACAAAGGCCCCUUAAUCCCUCCUCACCAGCAAAUCUUCCAUAUCCACUACCAGCCACACCACCAAAUGGUAAUUGAACUGCAUAGUAUGCAGCAAAGUCAUUGAUAGCUACCAUACCCGAUUUAAUAUUUUUGACAAUAGCAUUGAGCUCCCAAUCUUUAGUUCCGAAGACUGAAG